AUGGGACUUAUAAGUAAACUGAAUGAGAAAGAUAUGUCUGAACCGUUUCGUUCAAUGACCACGCAUUUCAAUAAACCUUGCUACUUAAUUACUGGGUCGAAUUCUGCUAGACAUAAAGAGGAUACUACCUAUUCAAUCCAAGCAAUUACAAAUGUUAUUUUGAAUGCUGUAAUAUCUGGCUAUGAGUAUAUUCUCAAAAUAAUAAAAAAUUAUAAACGAAGACGAAUGGAGAAAAGAUCAAAAGAGGAACAACACCUUAAUAGAACUGAAUUUAUAGCUCUAGUUCUAGAAAGAUUACCAUUUCUUUACACACAUUCAAAAGAAGUUGAGAAUGCACAGUGGAUAAAAAUCGCAUAUGACUUGAAGAUGCGAGAUAAAUUGAUACCAAACACAGUAAGAUAUCAAACAGGUCCGUAUUACUUUAUCAGUUUUGGUUCAAUUUCAACGCAGAUUAAAAGACAGUUUUUCUUAUCAUUUUUGAACAAUGAUAGAACUGGUAAUUCUCAAAUGAUUUAUCCAACUAAGAAGCCCAUGACAAACUUUAGUUGCCAUGAAUCGUGGGAUUCAUAUUGUAACGUUCCAAUUAAAAUGAGAAAGAAUGCGGCGAAUGAAUUUUUUGAAUAUCUAACUUCAGAGGAGAUUAAAUCUAUCAUAUUGAAUGGUGAUCGUUCAUAUGCAGAUUUUCAUGAAGAUAGCAUUCUUGAAGAUGAUUCUCAAAAAGAUUGGUUUCAUAAAUGGGGGUAUGUGUACGAGACGGAAUCGGAUUGUUAUAGAGCCUUGGAUUUAGAACUUAAAAACUAUUCAUUAGAAUUAACUGUGUUAGAUAAUUUGCUCAAGUUGGGAGUAAGUUUUGCAGAAUUACCAAAAACUUCUACUCUUGGAAUAGAAACUCUUAAAGAUCUAAUUGAAGAAAAACGGACAUUGAUCUUAGAGAGAUACAUUCCUGUGGCUAUUCAAAAGAAGGCUAUUAAGGCCAACCAGCUAAGUAAAUGUGAGGCUAAUACUGCGAAAUAUAAUGAAUUAAUGUGUUAUUAA